GAUAAGAAGAGGGAGGCUGUCGGGGUUUUCUAUCGUCGUUCUAAUUUUUCUUUUUUUUCUUUUUUAUUUUUUUUCUAUGCUUAGAAGGCACAAAUCCUUCUCCUCAUCCUCUUCUUCAUCUUCUUCUUCUUCCUCCUGACCCUUACUUUUGAUUCUUUUCCCUCGUAGGGAGAAGGAGGAAAAACAAGAAGAAGAAUCUUAACCCAAUUUUUUUUUAAAUAAUAAAAGUUUCGAAUUUUCCCCCUACAUUAAAUUCUAUAGAUUUUUUUCUCCUUUUCUGAAUCGAACGAACCUAUGGAUUCAUCGUCUAUUUCCAGCAACGACGUCGUUUCGAAGGAGUCAAUGGUUGACCCCUUCUUGGUGGAGGCUCUGCAGAACCCUCGCCACCGUCUCACCAUUUUGCGAAUGGAGCUGGAUAUCCAGAGGUUUCUAAACAAUGCUGAUCAGCAGCAUUUUGAGUUCCCACAUUUCCCUUCGUCCUAUCUCAGAUUGGCUGCACACAGAGUUGCUCAACACUAUGGUAUGCAGACAAUGGUUCAAGACACUGGCUUAGAUGGCCAGGGAAGUAAAAUUCUGGUGAGAAAAUUAGCAGAAAGCAAGUAUCCUGUGGUUCGCUUAUCUGAAAUACCUGCUAAGCAGUUGGAAAAUGAUAAAUCGGAGCACAAAAAAAUUGUCAUUAGACCUAGGCCUUCUAAAACUAGUUUAAAUGAAGCCAGUGAAGCUGGGACAAAAGGAAACACACUGAGAAGUGUGGAAGAGAGAAAGGAGGAAUAUGAUCGGGCUCGAGCACGUAUUUUCAGUAGCUCUAGAAGCUUCGACUCAGGGGAUACAUCAUCCCCAGUCCCCACAGAUGUAAAAAAUUCUCUCAUCAUUAAGGAUGAGAAUGAAGCUAGCAAGAUCCCAAUGGCUGAUCCAGAAAGAUGCAACAGUGUCAGGGACAUUAGUUCUACCCGAGUUGCCAUUUUGCGAGAUAGGGAAAAGGAUCGUAGCGAUCCAGAUUAUGAUCGUAGCUACGGAAGGUAUGCUAGGAAUAUGCCGACAUCUGCUGUUAACAUGGUGCCUUUCAAUUUGCCAAAAGCUCAACCUUCAUUUGCUCAAUAUGAUGCUACUUUUAAUCCGUUGGGCCAGAUGCCACAAACUCAGGCUUCACUUGGCUACGGUCCUCCGUCAAGCCCAAUGAUGAAUCCUUUUGCUGCCAACGGAUUAAAUCAAACAGCUAGGGAUGUUGCUUAUGUACAAUGGCCAAGUGCUGCAAUGAUGUAUGCACAUUCAUAUGACCAAUUUAGGCAUGCUGUUUUCCAGGCUCCGUUUGGUCAACAGCCGUUGAGCUUUGACUAUUCACAAAACUACUAGAUGACAUUUUAGGGGGAAAAGUAAUGGAAUUGGAUGCAGAAGUUGUUACCUUAGUAUGUUUAGUUGUUUCAUGUUAGGUUUGUUCUUGAGUAUUCUAUCAUAGACAUUUGUUGCUGUUGUAGUAUGUCUUUGACUUUCAGUUUUGAUGGGUUAUACUAGCAUAUAUGAUAUCAUAUCUGGUACUUCUAGUUUGACAGUCUAUAUAAAAUAGUGGAUUUAUUUCUAGACUUUAAA